GAUUGCCUGAGAAGUAUGUGAGGCUUGUGAAAGCGAUGUAUAGACGAGCGAGUACAAGGGUCAGAUCAGAAGCUGGCGUUACGGACAAGUUCAAUGUGGAAGUAGGCUUGCAUCAGGGAUCGGCUUUAAGUCCUUAUUUGUUUGUCCUGGUAAUGGAUGCUCUGACGUCAAACAUACAGGAACAAGCACCCUGGUGCAUGCUGUUUGCCGACGACAUUGUGCUUGUCGGAGAAGAUGCGGCCGACGUCCAGAGCAGACUGCGUAGAUGGCAAGAGAAAUUGGAGAGUGUUGGCCUGAGGAUCAGCCGAACGAAGACAGAACAUCUGUUCUGUGACUUCGGUGGCCCCUCCAGUUUCUCUGAUAUCUCUUUGGAUGGCGUAACUCUACCUGUCUGCUCCAAUUUCCGGUACCUCGGUUCGCUCUUCCAAAGUGACGGUAGCAUUGAUCGAGACGUGAACAAUAGAAUGAAUGCGGGAUGGAUGAAAUGGCGACAGGUCUCAGGUGUUAUAUGCGACCCGAAAAUGCCCCUUAAACUUAAGGGGAAAAUUUACAAAACUGUCGUUAGACCUGUCACAUUGUAUGGUUCAGAAUGUUGGGCGGUAAAAGGGAAGGAUGAAAGACGAGUACAUACGACCGAAAUGCGAAUGUUGAGAUGGAUGUGUGGUGUGACAAGAAUGGAUAUGAUAAGGAAUGAAUAUAUAAGGGGAAGUUUAAAAGUAGCACCAGUGGUAGAAAAAAUGAGGAGUAAUAGGCUGGCAUGGUAUGGGCAUGUAAUGCGGAGGGAAGAGAGUCAUAUCACUAGAAGAAUGUUAAAUAUGCAUGUGGAUGGAGAAAAGAGAAGAGGACGACCAAAGAAAAGGUGGAGUGUCUACACGAUUUGA